CCUCCCCCAUAACGCUUUGACAUCUUGGAUCAGCUGUUGGUCAGGUGAACAUAGAACGGCGCUAUGAAUGAAGAGCAGUGAAGAAGGGGCUACAAUAGAGAGACAGCGAAAGGAUCCGUGUCAUGAUGGUGCUCGUAUUGAUUGUCGCAGGUCUUGGGGUGGUCGCACUGCUCAUGGUUUUAUUCGCACCCCACAUUAGGAAAUACUCAGCAGGUGGAGCAUGUAUGUCUAUGACCCGGCUGGACGGGAAGACGGUCCUGAUUACUGGAGCCAACACUGGUAUUGGGAAGGAGACUGCUCUGGACCUGGCUAUCAGAGGCGCGAGGGUGAUCAUGGCGUGCAGGGAUGUGGAGAAGGGUGAGGCGGCCGCAGCAUCUAUACGACGCAUCUACUCUAAGGCAAACGUAGAGGUCCGAGAGCUAGACCUGGCUGAUACCACCUCCAUACGGGCCUUUGCUCAACGCUUCCUCCGAGAGGUCAACCACCUCCAUAUCCUGAUCAACAAUGCUGGGGUCAUGAUGUGUCCCUACAUGAAGACCAAGGACGGUUUCGAGAUGCAGCUGGGGGUCAACCACCUGGGUCACUUCCUGUUGACGUACCUCCUGAUUGGCCUGCUAAAGCGGAGCGCUCCGGCCCGCAUCGUUGUGGUUUCUUCCCUGGCUCAUAACUUUGGCUGGAUCCGCUUCCAUGACCUCCUCAGCCAGGGCAGCUACAACAGCGGCCUCGCAUACUGCCAGAGCAAGCUGGCCAACGUCCUGUUUGCUAGGGAGCUGGCCCGCAGACUCAAAGGUUCCAGUGUGACGGUGAACUCUGUCCACCCGGGGUCGGUGUGUUCAGACCUGGUACGCCACUCCACCAUCAUGUCUCUGCUGUUCUCUCUGUUCUCCUUGUUCCUGAAGAGCCCUCGGGACGGGGCCCAGACAUCCAUCUACUGUGCUGUGGCAGAGGAGCUGCACUCUCUCACUGGGAAACACUUCAGUGACUGUGCCCCGGCCUUCGUGGCACCCCAGGGGAGGAAGGAGGAGACAGCCAAGAAGUUGUGGGACGCCAGCAGUGAGCUCCUGGGCAUCGUCUGGGACGACUGAUCUGAACUACCCUGUUAACACUAUCCACAGCUUGCAUCGCCAAGUGCACACUAUUCCCUUUAUAGUUCACUACUUCUGACCAGGACCCACAACCUUGUUCCCUGUCUCAAUUGCUUCUGGAUAGGAAAGAGCUGGCUAGUAGAUGAAAUUAGGGCCCACGGGGCUCUGGUCAAAAGUAGUGAACUAUAGAUUAGUGCUCACACUAUAUAUAAGGUGCCAUAGGUGACGCAACUAGGCUCUCUGUUCUCAAAUCAUUAUCAUUUCAUGACAUUAAUUAACCUCAAAACUACAGUUAUGCCAACGGGACUUGAGGAAAUGGGUAGGAACCAUAGAGGUUGAAAGAUGCCGUAAUGGCACAGAGAUGAGUCCUCUAUCUCUAUGGUAGAAACUGUAAAAUGAGUCCUCUAUCUAUCUCUAUGGUCGUAACUGUAAGGUCAAAUGCAUUACUGUACUGUGAAGGGUCUAGUCAGGGCAUAACCAGGUCUAGUCAGGAAAUAACCAGGUCUAGCCAGGACAUAACCAAGUCUAGCCAGGACAUAACCAGGUCUAGUCAGGGCUUAACCAGGUCUAGCCAGGACAUAACCAGGUCUAGCCAGGACAUAACCAGGGCUAGCCAGGACAUAACCAGGUCUAGCCAGGACAUAACCAGGUCUAGUCAGGGCAUAACAAGGUCUAGUCAGGGUAUAUUACAAACUGUUUGUUUUGUAUCUUAUUAUAUUACAAACCAUGUAGAUUCAGCUUUAUGUUUGGUUGCUUUUAAGCUCGCCUUUUCUAAACCAUUGCAAGCUGUUAUUUACCCUCCUGUUUGUUUGUUCCAUUUCAUUCCCCGUCAGCAUUCACCACAUGUUAAACUGCCAAGAUUGUCUUUUUUAUACAAAUGUGAAACAUGCCUUUUUCUACAUUUUGGGGUUGGAAGAUUCCUGAAAUGAUGAAGGAACAGAAAGGAAAUCUGGGAAUCCUCCAACCAGGAAUUCUGGAAUUUGGGGAAAUUUUUCAGAAAUGUGCAACCCAACUACAUAGCAGUCAUGUCAGGAGUUGAAUGUUUACAUCUACUGUAAAUAAAGAUUAAAUGUUACUA